AUGCAAGCCGAGCUCAUGGAUGCUCGUAAGCAGGUUGCCCAGCUGUCACACAUGGGCACUCCCCCAAUCCUCGCACUGCUUCGUCACACUCGCCGCCGAUGCCGCAUGACAUUUCUACUGCCAGACAGAAACUGUGCCCACGAUACUACCGAAUGCUCCACUGAGCUCCACGACAAGGACUACCAGUGGAUCACCACCACUGCUGCUGACCCACUGGCCUGGGAUACACAAGCAUGCGCAUUACAGGUUAGUCAUACUGCAUCAGGUGUGGGUCCAUCAGUGUUCGUGAUCAACAACAAAAGAGGGAAAUUCCUUGCACUUGAUCUUGGAGGUACUAAUUUUCGUGUUCUGGUUAUUCACUUGUCUGAGAAGCACUUUGACAUGAAAGCCAAGAUAUUUGCAAUACCACAAAAAAUUAUGGUGGGAACUGGAACACAGCUGUUUGAUCAUAUAGCUGAAUGUUUGGUAGCAUUUGUUAAGGAGCAUCAAUUACACACAGAAGUGCUGCCUUUAGGAUUUACAUUCAGCUUUCCAUUAAUGCAGAAAGGACUAUCUGUAGGAAUUCUUGAAAGGUGGACUAAAGGCUUCAACUGCUCAGGUGUUAUUGGACAAGAUGUAGUUCAGAUGCUGAGAGAUGCACUGGACAAAAAACCGGAUGUGAAGAUUAACAUUGCUGCAGUUCUUAAUGACACUACAGGUACACUGAUGUCAUGUGCAUGGAAGGAUCACAACACAAAAGUAGGACUCAUCAUUGGAACUGGUACAAAUUCAUGCUAUGUAGAAAAAACUGAGAAUGCAGAACUGUUUGAUGGCGACAGGAGCAAACCAUAUGUAAUCAUCAACACCGAAAGUGGAGCAUUUGGUGAUGAUGGAAAACUUAAUUUUAUUAGAACAGAAUAUGACAAAGAUGUAGAUGACAAUUCCAUAAAUCCUGGAAGACAACUGCAUGAGAAGAUGAUAUCAGGAAUGUAUAUGGGAGAAAUAGUUCGACUGAUAGGUGAGAAAGCUCUAAAAAUGAAUGCCAUCCUGGGUGGAAAAGGUUCUGAUGCAUUUCUAAAGCGAGGGGGUUUCUUCACUAAAUAUGUAUCUGAAAUAGAAAGUGAUAAACCAGGUUCUUACACAAAUGUUAAGAGAAUAAUGAAUGAGCUUGGUCUUCCACAUGCAACUGAACAAGAUUUUAUAGACUUCAGACAUAUGUGUGAAGCUGUUUCUACAAGAGCUGGUGUCAUGGUCUCUGCUUCAAUGGCUACAUUACUUAAUAAAAUGGGUUUUGAACAAGCAACUAUUGGCAUUGAUGGUUCACUCUAUCGAUUUCACCCUGGGUUUGCAGACCUAAUGACAAGAAAAAUUUCACAAUUAGUGAAGCCAGGGAUUAAAUUCAAGUUAAUGUUGUCAGAAGAUGGAAGUGGAAGAGGAGCAGCUCUAGUUGCUGCUGUUGCCAGUCGGGGAGACUAACAGCAGUCAGAGUUAAAUACUUUGUUUUUUGUUUUAAGCAGAUUAGCUUAAAUCUGUCAUUUCUCUUGUAGAAAAAUUAUUUGCCUUAAUGUUUUGUGGCCUGGGUUUUUCACCAGCAGAUAUUGUAAAC